AUGCCCGGAUUGGUCGGGAUCGACGCUUCCUGGGCGCUGAUGGGGUUGGACUUUGCCCUUCGCCCCGCUCGCCUGCUGGUCACUCGACUCCCGCCUCCCGCCUCCCGCCCUCCCCCUCUUUCGUUCUUCUCUGCGCCGACGCCGACCGCUCUCUCCCGCCCGCCGCCACCGGCGGCGGCUCUGGCCUUCCACGCCGCUGCCAACGCAGGCGAUCGCUGCCCGCAAGACAGGGCUGGCGAAUUCGUUGAUGCAUAUGAGCCGCCGUCCUCGCGACGCGGCCUUUCUCCACCAUCACUCACCCCACCAACGCGCUCCCUCGGCAGUCGACGACCUUUACUCGUCGCCGCAGCCGCGUAA